AUGGCGAACUUGGCUGUUUUCGACUUCGAUCAUACCAUUGUAGAUGAAGAUUCUGAUGCCACAAUUAUAUCGAGGUUACGAGAGAAGAAGCCUCCGCCGGAAUAUGAAUCCGGGGCACGGGACUGGACCCCGUACAUGAGCGAUGUAUUCGAACAUGCGUUCUCAGCUGGCUUCCAUCCAACGGACAUCCUCGACAGCAUCGCAUCUAUGCGGCCAACUGCUGGUAUGCCAGAACUCAUCACCACAUUGGCUGAACAGGGCUGGGAUGUCCUCAUUUUGUCUGAUGCCAAUAGUGUCUUCGUUAACCACUGGAUCAAGAGUCACGGUCUUCAGGACGCCAUAACAUCGAUAAUCACAAACCGCGCUUUCUGGCAACACGAGCGUCUUUUCAUCGAGCCGUGUAUGCGCCAGACGUCGUGCCGCCGGUGUCCCAGUAACUUGUGCAAGUCGCUGGCACUAGCGCAGUACUGCUCCGACAGGAAUUACGAGAGGAUAGUGUACAGCGGGGACGGGAGGAACGACUACUGUCCGGCGACUAACUUGCCCAGCAACGCAACUGUCUUCCCGAGAAAGGGUUACCCACUCGAUGACCUUAUAAAAAAGACGCUGGCAACACCGGAACCACAGAUAAAAGCGAAAGUAGUGCCGUGGAUCGACGCGUACGCAAUUAUGAAGGAGUUGUGUCCGAAACGUACAAAUUAG